UAUUGGGCUGCGCGGGGGGGGCUCUACGGUCGGUGCAAAGCCGCGGGGUUGCGAGGCAGGAGAUGCCCCCCCCCAGGCCACCCCGGGCUGGGGUCCCCGCUGUCCCCCCAAGCGCAGGGGGGGUGUCAUUCCACCCCCUCAAGACCCCCUGUGUCCCCACAUCCGCCAGCUCCAAAGGGACCCUGGGGACAGAUGCAGGGCAGGGACAAGGGGGUGAUGAUGGGUGAUGUCCCCCCCCCGGGUGGCCCAUCCCCCUCCGCCCGGUUUAGGAUGGCGGGGCGGGAUCCCGCACCCUCGUCCUGCGACUGCUUCGUGGCGCUGCCCCCGCACACCGCCACCCCCGCCGUCAUCUUCGCCAAGAACGCUGAUCGCCCGCGCCACGAAGUCCAAGAGAUCGUCUACGUCCCCGCCGCCGUCCACCGCCCCGGGGACAAAGUCCAGUGCACCUACCUGGAGAUCGAGCAGGCGGAGAGGACCCACGCGGUGGUGCUGAGCCGUCCCGCCUGGCUGUGGGGUGCCGAGAUGGGUGCUAACGAGCACGGUGUCUGCGUGGGCAACGAGGGCGUCUGGACCCGCGAGCCCGUGGGGGAGGACGAGGCGCUGCUGGGGAUGGACCUGGUGAGGCUGGGUUUGGAGCGGGGCAGCUCGGCCCGGGAGGCUCUGGGGGUGAUCACGGCCUUGCUGGAGCGCUACGGCCAGGGUGGGAGCUGCAAGGAGGAGCCGGAGCCCUUCGUCUACCACAACACCUUCCUGCUGGCCGACCGCUCCGAGGCCUGGGUGCUGGAGACAGCUGGCCGGUACUGGGCAGCCCAGCGGAUCCAAGAGGGCAGCCGCAACAUCUCCAACCAGCUGAGCGUGGGGAGGGAGAUCACGGCCGAGCACGCGGGGCUGCGGCAGCGAGCGCGCAGCCAGGGCUGGUGGAGCGGGGACGGCGAGUUCAGCUUCGCCGAGGUCUUCUCCCUGCCCCACCAACCCCCCCGCAUGGAGGCUGCCAAGGCCCGCUACCGCGCCGGCAGGGAGCUGCUGCGGCAGCACGCAGGUCACAUCACGGCGGAGACCUUCAUGGCCAUCCUGCGGGACAAGGAGAGCGGGAUCUGCGUGGACUCGGAGGGUUUCCGCACGGCGGGCAGCAUGGUGUCCGUGCUGCCCCGGGACCCCGCCUUGCCCUGCGUCCACUUCUUCACGGCCACCCCUGAUCCCUCCAGGUCUGUCUUCAAGCCCUUCGUCUUCGUGGCCAACCCCAAGCCCACGCCGCAGGUGAGGUCUCCCACUUUCCGUGAGGACCCGGCCAAGCAGAUCCCAAGGUUCCAGAGCACGGUCGAUCGGCGCCACGAGCUGUACCGCCGGCAUCAGGCGGCGCUGGAGCUGAUGGAGAGGGACCAGGAGCAGGGCCAGAAGCUCCUGCAGACGCUGCGGGACCUGGAGAAGCAGGGCCUGGAGGGGAUGAAUGCUCUCCUGGGGGGGACGGUGGCCCCCAGCCCGGAGGAGUUGGCCGACCUCUUCUUCGACUGCGUGGAGGCAGAGAUGAAGUUUUAUACAUAAACCCUGCGCUGGGGGGGUGGGCUUUCCCCCCCACCACAGCAUUGCUCCUAGAUAGGGGAUGAGAAGACCUUCCCGGUGCCCACCCCUGGCUCCUCACCUCCUACCCCCACGGUGGAGAACACCUUGACCAGCAUCUCCAGCCCUGCCUGGGGGUGCGGAGCCUCCAGCCCCCCAACUUGCCCCAGAGGACCUGGCACAUUUGAGAGGUGGCCGUGGCCUGAAACGCGGGUGUGGGGAGAAGGAGAGGGACGUGGAGUGGGAUGUGGAGUCCUGCCCGCAGCCUGGCGUGUCCUGUCCCACCAUCAGGCAGAGCUGCAGGUGCCCGGCCCCUCUGGGGCUGCUGUGGGGCUGGUGGCUCCGUGUCAGACAGGCAGAUCCAUGUAGGAAUAAAGAGGCUUUAAUUGCAA